AUGAGCGAUCCCUAUUUUUUGCCAACUUGAGGGAUAGGCUCGCAGCCCUUGGAUCUGUUCUAAUGAGGUUCGACGGCUGAGAUUAAAUCAAGAUUCUGAUCCCGUUCUGACCCCAAUUCGCGAUCUCAAUUCUCAAACCCUUUCUAACCCCAAUUCGCGAGCUCCCCAAUUCUUUCUACCUCUCUGGCGAGUAUGGAACGCUCAGAGAAUUCACUCAAUUCGCAUCUAACACACGUCUAUUUCUUCAAAUUCUCUAGAAAUUAGGUGGGUUUUCUCUUUGCAGUGAGUUAUGAUUUUUUUGGGGAAAUAAUCCACUCUUGCCUCAGAUUUCAAUUCAAUUGCAGAAAUAGUCCUCUCUGCACUUCUUUACCAAUCCCCGAAAGCCUAUGAUUCUUGCCCAAUGCAGACAUUAAUUAUGGGUAAUCGAGAUGAAAUUGAUGACUUCUCCAGCACAAGUGCUUCUGUUCUUCUUUCAGUUCUCAAGCUUACUGACGAACAUGAUUUGUACAGGCAAGUUGCAUGCCCCAAACACCACAAGCAAUCUGAUGUUCCUGACAUAUAUUGUCUUGCAGCAAAGACAAAGUUAUGGGGCAGGCGCUUUUUCAAAGAUGACCAACUUUUGAGACACCAGCUCCUGAUAAGAUGACCAACCUUGAUAAUAAAUACAAUUUAUGUUAUGUUGAGCAAUGAGGAGAGAUAUGUUGGAUGCCUGCACAAGAGGAUGGUGAAGCCAGGCCGAAGGAACAUGACCCUAGCUCGGUAAUCAAGCUGCGACAGCCCUUACCAUUGAUGCGAUCAUUUUUCCUAUUUGUUGUAUAAAUACAAGUCAUGUUUCUUUAUUGUGCAAUGAUAGUCUUUUGUCGGCCUCGGAAUGGCCAUUGAUGCACAUUAUCAAAUGUUA